UUCUUCUGGCAAGAUUUUACCGAGAAAUGUAAAUAGACAGGUGGCCGCGACAUGUGGAGCGUUUAUGUAAAUAAAACAGAAGCGAAACUCGGCUCACACACUCCCAAACGCAAUGUGUGACCGAUAACUGAAGGGGAAACUGAAUUUCACCAAGAGGUACCACCAACUGCGCGCGCAACAUGCCUCAGAUCAGCACCGCCGCCGCGCUCCAGAUUGCGCUCCUGUUCUCCGCCGUGCCCGCGCAGUACCUGAUCUCCCGGUGGAGCGGCCCCACGGCGGCGCAGCGCUACCACGCCACCACCCGGCUGCUUCGCACAUGGAAGGAGUGGAGAACAUCCUUCCUCAACCAAUCCUCCGCAUGGAUAGACUGGACUAACCAGCAGCUCUCCAAAGUAAAAACUCUGGUUGGUCUGGAACCAAAAGAGCCAGCAGCACAAACACCUCCUGUAGGGACCAUGAUUUUUGACAACGACAAAGGAUUCUUUGGAGCCUCCAAGUCUGUGCGCAGCCCUCGUCCUCCAUACGUCUUUCUGCGGGUCGGGGAGGUGGUGAUGGAGCGGAAAGGUCACAUGAUCGGGGUGGUGGUGAGCUGGGACGCUGAACUGCGAGCUCCUCCGGAGUGGAUCGACAGGAAGCAUUCAAACUCUGAGGACACCACAGCAGAGAGGACGCCCCACUACAAGGUUCUGUUCAGGGGGCCUACACCCUCUUCUCUGAUGGUCGCCUACUUGCCUCAAACACAACUGGAGCGCAUCACAGACACGAGGCCGGACAUUCCCACGCUGGACAACUACUUCACACAUUUUGAUGGGACACGGUUCAUCAUGCAGCCCUGGCUUAGAGAGCUUUUCCCAGAGGACGAGGAUGAGGACGCCUGACCGCUCAGCAUUUAAGACCUGUCCGCCGUCCUGGUUGCUGUUCCUCAGCCAGGAUGUCCUUAUUUCCCCUAAAGACCAAAUUUUGUGUAGAUCGGGGAGAAACGCCUGAUCCCCGCUGUCUGGGACUCAUUCUGAGAAUCUUCUUCAGGCAUCCGAGGACUACCGACUUGAAAAUGUACAAACAGUAUUUUACUUCUGCAGAUUAAAUAAUUAAGCCUUAUUUAAAAACAGAAGAAAAUUUAAGCACACUUUUAAAGAAAAUGCUUGAAAUCAUCUUUUAGCUUUUGAUGUUCAAGCAUCAAAAAUGUGCAAUAAAGUGAUUUAUGCAGUU